GUUGCUGAGAGUCUGACACCAGUGCCACCAGGAAGAAGCCAUCCCUGGCGAGCUAACCAAGGGAAAUGGAAGACAAAAACAUGUUACCCCAGAUAAUCCAGGACAUCCUGUCUACAUCUCAUUCUCUAUUUACAAGAAGUAUUCCAGGCUUUGGUGAAGAGGCUACCACCACUUAUGACUAUGAUUACAGUGAGCCCUGUCAUAAACCCAGUGUGAAGCAAAUGGGAGCCUGGAUCUUACCCCCACUCUACUCCCUGGUAUUCAUCUUUGGCUUUGUGGGCAACAUAUUGGUCGUCCUCAUCCUGAUAAGCUGCAAAAAGCUGAAGAGCAUGACGGACAUCUACCUGCUCAACCUGGCCAUCUCAGACCUGCUCUUCCUGCUCACUCUCCCAUUCUGGGCUCACUAUGCUGCGAACGAGUGGAUCUUCGGGGACGUCAUGUGCAAGUUAUUCACGGGGCUCUAUCACAUCGGUUAUUUUGGUGGAAUCUUCUUCAUCAUCCUCCUGACGGUUGAUAGGUACUUAGCUAUUGUCCAUGCUGUGUUUGCUCUCAAAGCCAGGACAGUCACCUUUGGGGUGUUGACGAGUGGAAUCACUUGGGUGGUGGCUGUGCUCGCCUCUCUCCCAGGAAUCAUCUUUACGAAAUUCCAAGAAGAGGAAGAUAGUCAUGUCUGUGGUCCUUAUUUUCCAUUAAUAUGGAAGAAUUUCCAUACAAUAAUGAGGAACAUCUUGAGCCUGGUCCUGCCCCUGCUGGUCAUGGUCAUCUGCUACUCAGGAAUCCUCCACACCCUGUUUCGCUGCAGGAAUGAGAAGAAGAGGCACAGGGCUGUGAGACUCAUCUUCGCCAUCAUGAUUGUCUACUUCCUUUUCUGGGCUCCCUACAACAUUGUCAUCUUCCUGACCACCUUCCAGGAGGCCUUUGGCCUGAGUAACUGUGAGAGCUCCAGUCACUUGGAUCGCGCCAUGCAGGUGACAGAGACUCUUGGGAUGACGCACUGUUGCAUCAACCCUAUCAUCUAUGCCUUUGUUGGAGAGAAGUUCCGAAGGUAUCUGUCCGUGUUCUUUAGAAAACACAUUGCCAAACGCCUCUGCAAACAGUGCCCAGUUUUCUAUAGGGAGGCAGCAGAUCGAGUGAGCUCAACGUUCACCCCUUCCACUGGGGAGCAGGAAGUCUCAGUUGGUUUGUAACACAAAUAACAAUUUUCUUUUCUUUUCCCCCCCAAGGAUGAUAACAGAACAGAGAUCUGUACAUCAGGUACCCAGGAACCUCAGAAUUGUGCCAAGACAGACUUAUGGCACUCUUUGUAUAUCUAAUAUAUGCUCAGGGAAUAUUCCAGAAUAACAGUCUAUAGAGACUUCUAUAAAGCCUCAUUCCUUAAAGCUAUUUCUCUCGUUUUCUCCAUGUCUUUCUCCAUUUCUAACAAGACAGGCAUGGGAUGAACAGAACGGUGUGUGAGGGUUCAGGACCGAGUGAGAAGCGGGAACUGAUGAGUCCUACUGACCCUGGGUCAGAUGAAGAUGCAGGUGGGCAGGGCAUUUGUUCAUUUGAACAGGAAAUGUCCUAGCUCUUGGCUCCAUCUCCCACUCAUGUUUAGUUCUGAAGGCUUUAUCAGCUUAUGGGGAGUCUGGGAAUUGUAUAGCUUGUUGAGAACUUCAUUUGAGUCCCAUGAUCCUCUUAUACAUGAUUGAACAACACAUUUUCCCUUUGUCGUUUAAAUCUAUGACAACACGGACGAUCUGUUCAAUAUUGUGUUCCACUGCUUACACACUUCUCAGGCCACAUGCUCACAGGAAAUUUAGAGAAUUUUUGUUUGUAAAAUAUGCAUCAUCAGUGAUUAGUUAAAAAUAACAAUGAAGGCCUUGUUUGGUAUUUCUAGGGUGAGUGGAAGGUUGGAGGUAGUGACCAAAAAGUGAGAAGAGCCAGUUCUUCCUUCAGGUGUAAAGCCCGCAGCAGGAAGGCAGGGGACGUGUGUGACCACAGCAGGUAUGGGUCCAGAAGCAGAAAGACUUGGAGGCAAGAAGGCUGCCUCAGCAGCUAGCAAAGCCUGCUGUCGAUGUCAACCGUUUUGGUUUCAUUGCUACUACUUCCAACCCCUCCUCCCCCGCCCAGUGCUCUGAUGCCUCCCUCUUUCUUCAUACACAGUCUUUAUCUCCUAACUCUUGGCUAUAGGACUAUCAACACCACAAAUCCCACUGGGUCUGGGAAAAGUGUGCAGGGAACAUCCAGACAUGAGCCCCUGGAUAGUACCAGGAGAUGAAACCUGGAUGGGACCCUGGACAUUUGAGGGGCAGAUAGGGACAGAGUCCUGGCUUUGGAAAUCACACAUGCCCCAAGCCCAGGAUUCGCUAUCUAAAUUACCAGGCAGGAUAAGCCUUGAUGUAGAAGAUUCUAGAUAGAAUGAGAAGUGCUUCACAGACUACCUUCUAGAGCCUUAAUUUGGAUACAGGUAGAAUUCAAAUAUUUUAAAAUCAAAGCUAGAAAACAUAAACUUAAGAAUGAAAACUUUGGGACUGGAGAGAAGGCUCAGAGGUUAAGAGCACUGGCUCUCUUAACCUG